AUGCUACAUUUAGAUGAAACGAUAGAAAACAUCAAACAGUGCAAGCACAUUCCAGAAUCUGACGUUGAGGAAAUAUGUACGCGAAUAAUAGAUAUUUUAAUAGAGGAAGGAAAUAUUCAGCAUAUUCAAACCCCCGUCACGAUAUGUGGAGAUAUUCAUGGCCAGCUACAUGAUCUCAUUACAUUAUUCAAAAUAGGUGGGUCAUUACCUGAGACGCAGUACUUAUUCCUUGGAGAUUUUGUUGAUCGAGGAUUUAAUUCGUUAGAGUCUUUUCUACUUUUGAUGAGUUAUAAACUACGAUUUCCUGAUAAAAUAUAUUUGAUUAGAGGCAAUCACGAGAGCCGACAAAUUACUACAGUGUAUGGUUUUUACGAUGAGUGUAUGAGAAAAUACGGGUCGGUUAAUGUAUGGAGAUACUGCUGUGAAGUUUUUGAUUAUCUUAGUAUUGGAGCAAUAGUAGGCGGUGGCGGAGGUGGCGGAAAUGGCGGUUUUAGUGGUGUUUUUUGUAUUCAUGGGGGGUUGAGUCCUGAAAUCGAUACGGUUGAGCAAAUUCGAAUAAUGGAUAGAAAGCAAGAAGUACCACAUGAAGGUGGAAUGUGUGAUCUACUAUGGUCCGACCCAGAAGACGUAUCUAGUUGGAGCAUAUCACCUCGAGGAGCUGGCUUCCUCUUUGGUGAAAACGAAGUUGACAAAUUCCUCCAUCGAAACAAUUUCAGUCUUAUUGCUCGAGCCCAUCAAUUGGUGAUGGAAGGUUAUAGGGAGAUGUUUUCCAGUAAAUUAGUUACUGUAUGGUCUGCUCCCAAUUAUUGUUAUCGAUGUGGCAACGUUGCUAGUGUAUUGACUAUAGACGAUUCCCUAAGAAGAGAUUACAAAGUCUUUGAAGCAUCUACACAUGAUGUUAGUUCAAUACCAGCAAAAAAACCCGCUAUUGAUUAUUUUAUAUAG